GUUUAUUUUUGUUAUUCACAUAUUAUUAGAUACUUUUUGAUGUUUUGUCUAUGGCUUAUUUUAAAUUUUAAAUUUAAUUUCAUUAUUCGCAUUAGAAAUGUAAAUAUUUAUUAUUUUAAUUUUGAUAUAUAUUUUUAUUAUAUUUAGUUCUUAAUUUUUCUAAUUUAUAUAUAUAAUUAUAUUUUUAAACAAUUAAAAUAUCGACUCUUACUCUCUGGCUUCGAUUUAUGUUAAUGUAAUGUUUUAUGAUAUAUUUGUGUUAAUAUAUUUGUUCAAUUAGUUUAUAUUUGAUAUAUAUAUUACAUGUCUGUUUGAGUAACCCGUAAAAAAUAUAUUCAUUAAACUAUCAAUAGUAACAUGUUUCAUCAUAUAAUUUCUAUUAAUAUUUAUUUUAUAAUAUAUAUUUAUAUAUAUUUUAAAACUCUAACUAUAAGAAUUAUAUUUUUAUGUAUUUGGUGAGGGUUUUGAACAAAUUUUUUUUUUUUGCAUUUGAAUUAAUAUAUAGUUGUAUAUAUACGAAUGAAUAGACAUAUAUUUUUUUGCAUUUUAAAACAUGCUUCUGUUUUAAUAGUAUUGAUAGUUGUAUUCAAAUACGCAGCUGACAUGGAAAAUAAAAAAUCACUACGUAAAACCCUACAAAAUAGUAGAAAAUUGGGAAAACAACCAUUUAAAUCCCGAACUUUCAAAAAUAAGCUAAACAAAGCUCCAACUUCUAAGCAAGCCAAAUAAAUUCUACACUUUUGUAAAAAAUUCCAAAUUAAUCCUAAACUUUUAUUGAUUAAGCCUUUUUAGUCAUGUAGAAGUCAAACGUUAAUUAGACGUUUACGUAGUAAAACGGUUCAUUUUGAUGAUUCAUUAAAAGUAGGAAUUUUUCUCGAGUUGUGAACCCUAAUUCCCAUAACGAACUAAAUCCUGUAAAAUUUCCAGUGAUUGCAGAGAGAAAGAAGGUGAAGAUCUUGAGGACUUGAAAAUAUUGAUGAUGCAGAGGAAUAAGCUUGUAACGAGACGAGCUAAAACGCACUGUGAGGAUGGACAUGAUCAAUGUGACACGUCACUGGCCAUGCCAGCUAAGUGAGGGAAAAUAACAAGAAGUACAAAAACAGAGUAUGCUUUCACUUGGAGAAUUAUCCAAGAAAAUAGAUCGUGAGUUUGUUAGAGUUUUGUUCAUUUUUUUUUAUUUUUUGGUCAAAUUUUUGUUCAUUUUUAUAGAGAUAAGGAUACUACUUAGAGAUAAACAUAACUUGUAUAAUAAGAUUAUCCAUGUUAUAUAAGUCCCCGUUGUAUUAGGACUUCAUACGAUGUAUAUAUACGCUGCUUAGCACAUGAAUACAAACAACACUUCUAUAUUAUUUCAUGGUAUUCUUGAUACUCUUUAAUGGAGUUCUCUCAUUGUGUUUGAGUUGAUUCUUAGUAUAUACUCUUGAGAAGUGUGAGAAAUGAUAUUUCGUAUCAUGAACGUUAUUCCAUUAUUGUGUUGUUGAAGCUUUCAUACGGAUUUACCGUAUCAGAAAUUCACGAGCCUUAUUUUAACCCAUGGUGAAAAGGAAAAAGAAAUAUUUCUGCAAUUAAAGAUUGCAGUCCACGAAGAAGGGAAGAACUCUUAAUUUUAUCGAGUCACCAAAACUCACCGUUUUUACUAUUUAACAGAUAUAAACGUCUAAUUAACGUUUGACUUGUACAUGACUAAAAAGGCUGAGUCAAUAGAAGUUUAGGAUUAAUUCGGAAUUUUCAAAAAAUUUAGUAUUUAUUUGACUUGCUUAAAAGUUGGAAAUUUGUUUAGCUUAUUUUUGAAAGUUUAGAAUUUAAAUGGCUAUUUUCCGUAGAAAUUUAGAAGACUUCGGAUAGUAAAGUUGCACGCAAUAAUAAUAAAUAACUAUUUGGCCGUCCAUAAAAGUAUUUAGACUUUGAAAAGUAUAACUAGAUGAAUAUUUAAACCUUGAAGGCCAUCUCCACGACUCCAUCCCGUCAAUUACUUUCUGCGUCUUGCCUUCAAAUAUCUAUAGUUUAUUUUCGAAUAAACUAUAUAUAAAGGACUGCAAGAUUCAUGACUACCAGAAAAUCCCAACAUAGACCAAACUAUCUUUUGUUAGUUCCUAAAGCCAAAUAGGCAAAUUCAACGAUACCUAUCCAACCUAUGAGCCCACUUCAAAAUCUUUUUCUUAUAUACUUUAUUAAAAUAGAGAGAAACAGUUAUGAACCGAUCCUCUAAGGUAUUAUUGGGAUACCAAUAUUUUCGUAACAGAAUAUUCCCUUUAUGCAAGCUUUUGAUCACCUUUUUUUUUUGUCAAGUCUUAUUGAUCACCGUAAGAUAAAUUAUUGAACAACACUCAAUAUGUAUUGUAAGUUUUAUUUGAAAUCAAUAACACAAUCUGAGAGCAAGAAAUUCCUACUUUAUCAUUCAUGGUACCACAGCCAAUGUUUGGCCUGUAAAAUUGAUCUAAAUUAAUGCCAACCACUUUUCUUAGCAUGACUAGCAUCAAUUACAAGAAUACCGUUAAACAACACGUAGCAUCCGCAAUUGAUGUGUAGACAAGUUGACACACUUAUCAAAUCCCUUCCUAAUUUAAAAUCGCCCCCAUUAAAAAAGGUGUCUAGAAAGAAAAUAUUAAAAAAAAAACUGGCAAGAAACAGAAAAGAAAGCCAUUCUUUUUUUGUCAACAAAGCAAGUCAUUCAAUAAAAGAAAACAAUUUAAAGAAAUAAAGUCUAAAAGAAAUAAAAGAACGACUUAAAAUUUGUGUAAAUAAAAACAUAGUAGUAUAUUUUUUGUAAUUUUCUUAAUCUAUAUAAAAUAUGUCGAUACUUUUUGCGAAAAUAAAUGGGUACCAUUAUAACUAUUAUAGAUACAUUUCUCACUAAUUAUCAUUCAUAUAUUAAUUUAUUUAUCAACACUUGGUAAUCAACACUUGGUGAUUAACUAUCUAAAAUUCUCUCUCCUCCCAUUUUUCUCUCUAGACUCAAACUCACUCGCCUUCUGUUUGCUCCGGCUCCGGCAGCGCGUGAGCGCUCAAUCCGGCGUCGGAGGCUUCACCUUCGCUUUUCUUAGCUCUUCUGUCUGCUGUCUCUCCGACUAUGGUGCUCACCUCCGAUAUGCUCGAUUUUCUGGGUUAGGGUUUGGCUCCGGGGUCUGCUCCGCUCGAGAGGAGUUCGACUCCGACGGCUUCUCUGCUUUCUCUGGACUCUCGGUGAGGAGGGUGAGCGGUGGUUCGUGGACGCAGUCGGCUUUUUGGGUUCAAGAUUGAGGUCGGUUUUCAAUUCUAGAUCUCGAUUUGUUUCCUUUGCGCUUGUGGAAGAAGGACGGUUUGCUUCUCUUUGGUUUCGGUAGUUCUCUGCCUCGGUCCUUAGAGUUUCAAGCGGCUACGGAGGGUGAUUCUCGGUUCUUGGCGGCGUCGUCAAUCACCGGUCUCUCAUCUCUUUAGUCAAAGCGCGUGCCGGUGGAUUUCAUUACCACGGUGACGAGUCUUGAGCGAUGAGUAUGCAGGCGGUGAUGGUGCUCUCUCUCUGUUGUGGCUCGUGAAGGUCUUGUGAGAGGAGUCAAGGGGUAGUCGUCUAUGGCUCCCCGAUGCCCUCUUGCAAUGCCUCAGCGCUUUCAGUUCUCCUCUACUUGUCUCCUUGGUUUGUGUUUCUCUUAAGGCGACGGCCUUCGAAGAGAAUGCCUCUGUUUUAGAUUGGUGUUACAUCUCUGUCGGUACCGGAGGUGGAUUUAGCAGCACAGAUAUUAGCUUCUCGGUUCUCGACAGCUUCAGGCGUAGUGGCGGUUCUCAUCAGUCAUUGGCCGUCAUGGUGCCACGCUUGGUCACGCUCACAUCCCAGCACCACCUUUGGUUUCGCUUGGACUUUGGUGGUGGUGUGCGUGUCAUAAUUGUGCAGGUUUGGGGCCUCAGGUCAAGGAGUAGCAGGGUUUACAACCCGUUUCUUGCAGGUUCGGAGUGGCAUUAGCGUGUGUAUUGUUCGGUCUCGCGUUUCUCUUCAGGUACGGGUCUCUCGGACCACUCGCUUAUUGUUUGCUCGCGCUUCAUUGAAGGAUGAUAUUGCAAGAGAGACAAGAUCAUCGGAAGCUAGCUACACUGGAAAUGACCCGGGAAGACCCCGGCAUCCGUGGCAACACGGAGAAUCUCUCUUUCCCGUGGGUUAAGUUGAUGGUGAGAACGGUUUUCGAUGCCUGAUGAUUAUGAAUUCGAACUAGCAGAACGCGCCGGGGACAUGGGUCGAGCGAAACUAGCUAGAAGUUGUUUGAUUUUGGUAUUUUGUUCGAGUCGAAUCUUGUAAUCGAAUCUUAAUGCCCGUUCUCGGGAAGAAAUUAUAAUAUUUCAUUUAAAAAAAAGAAAAAAAAAAUUAAAUAUCUAUACAGAGAGACAUAAAAAUACAAUAUAGCCGUGAUCAGAGAAAUACCCAUCUCUGCAACAUCAUUUCCCAAUCCACUUGGAAACAAAAUCGUAUCCGUCACAAAGAAAAGAAAGAAAAAAAAACAUAUUUGGGUUACUUGAGCCAUGUGUAUUAAAUUGAUUUACAUGCUGGGGAUGUUGAUUUAAAAGGGUCUAGAAAUGAGCGGCGGCAGCGGUGGUCCAAAGGCGCAGGAGGGUGAGUUGUUUGUGGCAGUGGCCGUGAAGGGUAUGAUCGGAGAUAAAUUGGGCGGCGGUGGAAGCCGCCGCGCAGUACGGUGGGCCGUGGAUAAUCUCUUACCUAAGGCUGAUAGAUUUGUGAUGAUUCACGUCAUCCCCACAAUUACUACUAUCCCUACCCCUACCGGAGAGAGAUUACCGCUGAAGGAAGUGGAGGAGAGGUUGGUGGAAAUGUAUGUGAGAGAAGUGAAACAAGAACAUGAAUCAGUCUUUGUUCCCUUCUUGAAAAUGUGCAAGAGGAGUAGUCGCAGCAAGGUAGAAACUCUGUUGCUAGAGUAUGAUGAUCCUGCAAAAGCGCUUCUGCGAUUCAUCUUCAAAUCAGGAGUUAACAGUUUGGUUAUGGGAUCAUUCACGCCAAGCAUGUUCACACGGAUAACAAAAGGCCCAGGAGUACCGUUGACUGUCUUAAGAUACGCUCCAGAAACAUGUGAAGUAUACAUUGUGUGCAAAGACAGGAUCACUACAAAAUCUAUGAAUCCGUUAAUCAACGCAGGGCCGUCCACAGGACCAAAAGCAGCUGCGUCCGCCCGCGGUUACCUGAAAGACGGGGCGGCUAGCUUCCACACUGUACAGUCUCAAAAUUUGUCUGAUCAUCGAGAAACCAUAGAGCCAGGCACGAGGAGGUCAGUAUCGGCUAAAGAGCUGAGAUCAACAGUUUAUAGUCAACUCAAAACACCUCCAAGUAGUAAGGAUACUAGUACAAAAGUUUCAGAGAUUGUAAGGCGGCGUGGAGCAUCAGAUAUCCCACACCUAAAUUACUUGGAGUUUGAUCAAACAACCCAACCCCAACCUAAUCUUGAGAACAUCGACGAAGGACCACCUGCAACAUCUAAAAAAGCAAAGAAGGUUGACAUUGAAGCAGAGGUCAAUCGUUUGAAGAAAGAGUUAGAAAAUACGGUCACUAAAUACAAACAAACUUGUGAACAGCUAACUUCCACCAAAUACAAGGUUCAGGUGCUAGCGCGGGAAUGUUCGGAAGACGCACAAAGAAUGAACAGUGCCGUGGAGAAAGAAGAGUUGCAGAGAAAAACGGCGGUGCUGGAGAAAGAGCGGUACAUGAAGGCUGUUAAAGAGGUAGAAACAGCGAAAGCGUUGCUUGCGAGGGAGUUUUGUCAGCGACAAAUCGCGCAGGUAAAUGCUUUAAGGACUUACUUGGAGAAGAAGAAAGUGAUCGAUCAGCUUUUAGGAACCGAUCAACGGUACAGGAAGUACACAGUCGGGGAGAUAAUAACAGCCACCGAAGGAUUCUCCCCAGAGAAAGUGAUCGGAGAAGGAGGAUACGGAAAAGUUUACCACUGUAGUCUUGAUAGUACUCCGGCUGCUGUUAAGGCUGUCAGGCUAGAUACGCCGGAGAAGAAACAAGAGUUUUUGAAAGAGGUUGAGGUUCUAAGCCAGCUCCGACACCCACACCUGGUUCUUCUCCUCGGAGCUUGUCCGGAGAAUGGUUGUCUGGUUUAUGAGUAUUUGGAAAAUGGAAGCCUCGAGGAAUAUAUAUUUCACCAAAAAAAUAAACCGCCUCUGCCUUGGUUUAUCCGGUUUAGGGUGGUUUUCGAGGUAGCUUGUGGUUUAGCCUUCUUACACAGCUCUAAACCGGAACCAAUUGUACACCGCGACCUAAAACCGGGAAACAUCUUGUUAAACCGGAACUAUGUGAGUAAAAUCGCAGACGUCGGUUUAGCUAAGCUGGUUACGGAUGUUGCACCAGAUAAUAUCACAACCUAUCGACACUCACUUCUUGCUGGUACAUUGCAUUACAUUGACCCAGAGUACCAUCGAACCGGAACGAUUAGACCAAAAUCUGAUCUCUACGCGUUUGGGAUAAUCAUUCUUCAGUUGUUGACGGCUCGUAAGCCCAACGGGCUUGUACACGCAGUUGAAAAUGCUGUACAGAAAGGAACAUUAACCGAAAUGCUAGACAAGUCUGUUACGGAUUGGCCUUUGGCAGAAACCGAGGAAUUGGCACGGAUUGGUUUAAAGUGUGCGGAGUUUCGGUGCCGAGAUAGACCGGAUCUUAAAGAAGAGGUUAUACCCGUUUUGAAACGGCUUGUAGAGACUGCAAACUCAAAAAUAAAGAAAGAACAAUGCAACGUGCGUGCACCAAGUCAUUACUUUUGUCCUAUCUUACGAGAGCUAAUGGAGGAACCAGAGAUUGCAGCUGAUGGAUUCACGUACGAGAAGAAAGCGAUCUUAGCCUGGUUUGAGAAACACAAUGUUUCACCAGUGACUCGACAAAAGCUCGACCACUUCAAGCUGACACCGAACAAUACACUCCGGUCUGCGAUUCGCGAUUGGAAAUCAAGAGUCCGGUUUUCUAAUGCCUUUAUUGAUGCAUCAUGUUGAUUCGUUAUUGGGGAUUUUUUCUACAACAUUUUCAUUCGGAGUUGUAAUUUCUUUUUGCCGUAUAUGCAUGUAACUAUAUAUGGUGGUGUAAAGUUUUAUGUGGUGGACAAAAAAAAGAAGGGGGUUAUGCGGUUUGGUUUAUCUUUUGUAAACUAAUAAAAAUCAAAAAUACAGUAGAAGAUUGCUGUAAAUUUUCUGGUUACUGUAAUAAAUCAGACCUGUAUGCAUAUAGUUGUAGCAGUUAAGUUAUUUUGUAAAUGUGGUAUCCAGAGCCCCUUGGGAGAAGCAGAUGAAGCACAUGCUUCUAGCCGAUUUGUAAUAAUAUAAAUAUCGGCACAACUUCAGAGAAAAUGUCUGUAGCGUGGCUCAUUUCUUAGGUAAUAGGUUUUGUAUUACCAGUAGGGAUGUUGUCGUGGGCUCAUUUCUAAAGGGUUAGCCCGGCCCGCAUGAAAAUUUAUAACCCUAAACCCAUAUUUUUUAAUGUGGGUUAAGAAUGGGCCGCCUAAUUUUACUCUAAGGUACCAAUAGGGUUAAUUAUUUCUCUAUCUCUCUUUCAGUCAUCGACAUCGAAAUCAAAAUCAAAGAUCGUUCUGAAUCAAAAUCAAAGGUUCUGGGUUUGUUCUAAAUCGAAAUCAAAGGCGAGGGGUUUGUCCAAAAUCGAAAUCGAAGGCCAUAUGUUCUUAUGAAGAAAAUGAAAUCGAAGGCUAGGAGUUUGUUCUGAAUCGAAAUCGAUGGCCCAUCUCACAUGAAUCUUCUGAAAACGAAAACGAAAACGAAAUCAAAGGCUGCAGCAUGGAUUCACAAACUGUACAAAGAAUGGCAAUUCUUGAG